GAUCUGUCAAUUCAAAGUGAAACCACACACUGAGUUCAAUUAAACAUACAGUAUCACCACGGCGCUAUUCUUGACGUUCUACAACCCUGUGUCAUUUGCAGAGGUAGUCGGAGAAGGUGACUGAGGGGGUAUGGAAAAGUCUGUCCGUCUGUUUACCAAAUCAUAUUUUAUUUGUCACAUACACAUGGUUUGCAGAUGUUAAUGCGAGUGUAGCGAAAUGCUUGUGCUUAUAGUUCCGACCAUGCAGUAAUAUCUAACAAUUUCACAACAACUACCUUAUACACACACAAGUGUAAAGGAAUGAAUAAGAAUGUGUACAUAAAAAUAUAUGGAUGAGCGAUGGCCGAACGGCAUAGGCAAGAUGCAGUAGAUGGUAUAGAAUACAGUAUAUACAUAUGAGAUGAGUAAUGUAGGGUAUGUAAACAUUAUAUAAAGUGGCAUUGUUUAAAGUGGUAAGUGAUACAUUUAUUACUUCCAAUUUUUUAUUAUUAAAGUGGCUAGAGAUUUGAGUCAGUAUGUUGGCAGCAGCCACUCAAUGUUAGUGAUGGCUGUUUAACAGUCUGAUGGCCUUGAGAUAGAAGCUGUUUUUCCGUCUCUCGGUCCCAGCUUUGAUGCACUGGGCCCACUGUCUGGUGGACAGUUUCCUGUCAGUACUGGACGUCAGCGUGACUUCACAGUUCCAAGGCUAGGACUAGCUGAUCCAGCGAGGGGCAGGGGGUGAGUCAGCAGGCAAGCCAGGGCAUGGGAGCUCAGUGAGGUAUGUGGUGCCCCCCUGACAACUGGCACACCUGUGCAGUAGGAUGGUGCCUGCCCCUCUGUAGACCACGCCCAUACAUCUGUCCUGCUGUGGCCUUUCACUGACCAGUGAGUCCUCUUGAUAACCUUUUCUUGAUUACUGUUUUUAAAUUGACAAAUUUCAACUGGGUCAGUGGCAGACGUAAGUUGUAAGUUGAGUGAAAUGAAGGCUAAGACUUUGAAUAGCAGGACCAAUGGAGUCAGCAGUGGUUUCGGCCUCUGAAGCGCUCGCUAGACGAUUAUUCAUCUGCUGCCACAAGCACAUCCUUCUGAGGGCGAAGGCCAGUAGUGACAGAGUGGCAGAGUAAGGUCAUGACUGGUGAACAGAAAGGCAUUGAAGGAGCCGUUUGGGGAUGGGGAGGGUGAGAAUGUUCACCUGGGCAGCCAGGAGAAAGACGUUCCCGAUAAAAUGCUAGAUUUGUUAAGUAAACUCGAGAUUCCACUUAUCAUGAGAGUGUUCAUCGGACUCAUAAACACACCCUUCUGAGGCCAACGCGUCAUAGGAGCUGAGCCAGCAAGCCCAAGGGCUGAAGUGGACAAUGUCUCUCUCCCUCCAUCCCUUCCUGUCUCUUUCCCUCACGCUCCUGGUCAAUUUCAAGUGGCUAAUGGAUCAGCGCUCGAGACCAAGGUCUCACAUCUGGUUGGUUAAGGCCCACUCAGAGCCACACACAUCCCUGAGUGAAAGCUAAUGAAAAAUAUUCUGAUUUCUUAACAUACACUAUCUGCUGAAACUCAAUUCAGCCACAUCCAACCUCGCCUCUAUUUGGAAAGUGAGAGUGACCACAAAGACCAUUGUAACACCUUACUCCUUUUCAAAAUAGUAGAAAAUAUGCACGCAGGAAUGAAACUGGCCAUUUGAAACCCUCUUUUAGUGAGGUGAAGAGGGACCAUUUCACAUUUUUUGGACUUGAAAAGGAGUCCCGCCACUCGCCAAACAUCUGGUGACGAUUAUGAGUUAUAAAACAGCCACAAAGGAGCUCCUUUCCCUCUGACUGCAGACUGAAAAACAAUAGAGAUGUCUGGAACCCUAAACACUGGAACCUUAAUCUCUUACCUACCGCCCGACUACACUCAGGCAACUAUUUUAGAAAUGACUGACAAUGGCCCCGGCCUGUGAAGGGCCUCUUAUCUACCCAACAAAAAUCCAGGUAGCCUGUACAGGUAUACAGACCAUGCUAUAUUGGCAGUCAAAAGUGUGCUUGAUCCACCAAGACACUGCAUUUGAUUUGGAAGCACAUUUUGCCCUUCUUGAGAGUGCAAUGUUUACACAAUUUUUCUGCUUACAUAACUAAAAUGACCUAGAGAUCCUUUGCCUGCUAAACAUAACAAGCAAUUGAAACGUAUGCACACACCAACUGUUUGAUUAAAUGUCUCAUGCAGAAGAUCUGGAAGCUUUUUAGACAUUUUAACCAGAAGUUAGUGGAAUUUAGUUGAGCUCCCUAUGGUCAGUGGAAGAUCCUGAACUGUGUGCGCGGAGUUAAACUCUCAGAGACACUUGACUUCCUCUUGCAGCCGUAUCCACGUAACACCCUGGUGAGCCCCUCCUCAAAUAAAUGUUAUAAAUAGUGCUGUGUUCUGUUCACCGCCGUGCCGUCCUCCUCUCAAAGCCCCAAGUGAAUAUUUUUUGCACUGCCCCCCUUUUCUCUCAGUCACACAUUCACUCUCACACCAGCUCACCUCUUGCCUUCCCUCUCUGAAUCCUCUCUCUUUCUCUCGCCCUGAGACUUUCUGGAGGACUUUUUCUAGCUUGGAGUGCCUGUCAAGCAGUGAGAAGAAGCUCUCAGGAAGAGACCGAAUACAGAUAAGGUGGACAGACUGACAGACACAAGUCUAGAGUAGCAGCGUCAGCAUGCGGUGUGUGAGCUUUCUCUCGGUGUGGACCUACCUGCUGGUCCUCGCCCCGGUGGUAUGGGGCGCACCCAGCCAGUGCCCGGCCCUGUGUCACUGCCACGGGGACCUGCAGCAUGUCAUCUGUGACAACGUGGGGCUAAAGAAUAUUCCACAGGUGUCCGAGGCCACCCGUCUGCUCAACCUGCAGAGGAACAAUCUGGGCAGCCUGCCCACCGGCUCCUUCGCCAGCAGCAAGGGUCUCAUCUCGUUGCACAUGCAGCACUGCCAGCUCCGCGAGAUCGGCAGCCAGGCCUUCAAGGGGCUCAAGAAGCUCAUCUACCUCUACCUGUCCAACAACGAGAUCACCAGCAUCAAGCCAGGUGCCUUCGAGGACCUCGCCGAGCUCACCUACCUCUACCUGGACGGCAACCGCAUCAGCGACCUACCCAAGGGCAUCUUCUCGCCCAUGAUCAAUCUGUUCAUCCUGCAGCUCAACGAUAACAAGCUGCGUGACAUCAAGCCAGGCACCUUCGCCGGAGCCAAGGACCUGCGCUGGCUGCACAUGAGUGGCAAUGAGAUGAGCUCGCUGCAGCCGGGCUCUCUGGACGACGUGGAGAACCUGGCCAUCCUGCACCUUGACAGGAACAGGCUGUCCACCUACCCCGGUCUGGCCAUGAGCAAGCUGAGAGUGGUGGAGGAACUGAGCCUGGCCAAGAACCCCCUGAGAAGCAUCCCUGACAACGCCUUCCAGAGCUUCGGACGCUACAUGGAGAAGCUGCACCUGGACGGCAUGGGGCUGGAGAAGUUUUCUGACGGUGCGUUCAACGGCAUGAAGGCCAUCAAGUCUCUGCACUUGGACAACAACAAGCUCAAGUCCCUGCCCAAGAGCCUGGAGUUCACCACCAUCACCAACCUCACGCUCGCCAACAACCCCUGGAGCUGCACCUGCACGCUAGCCCCUCUGCGCAAGUGGAUGGAUUCUAGCCGCCAGCGCCCUGAUGCGCUCUGUGCCUCUCCGUCCUCACAGAGAGGAAAGCAGAUUAGGGACAGCUCUGCCUUCAGCGACUGCACAGUUAAGACAAAGAGAGCCAAGAAGGGCACACGCCAUUAAAACACAGGAGACGCUGCCUGAGGGGAAAGGCCUGUCCAGGUGACCGGCUCGGUACGUGUGCAGAGAAAGAAAGCGACGCUAACUGCUGCUUAAAGACCGUCCAUCUCACUAUCUGCCAAAUAUCAAUGUCACAUGUACACACAUGGAGUGAGACAUGACACAAAUACAUCCCCCUUUCUUUUCAACAGCUGAAGAAUUUGUCAUGCAUCCCACAACCAACAUUCAGACGAGCAGCCAUGUUGACUCUCCUCCUCUCGCUCUCCCUAACGCCAGCUUUACACCCUCACCUCUCAGGACCCCAUCACCUGCUGCCACAGCAACGGCCUGCAUCAUCCCACAAGCCCCCGCUAACAGCCUUCCAAAUGGAAUGUUCCAGGCCAGGUCUCCCUUUAUUUAAUGUGGUUCACUCAGUUGGUCAUGUCUCGCUUCUCCCGUGAGAAAUUAUGUCAGACUGAGAAAACAUCCUGAAAGGACUGUGACCGUAAAACGGACCUUGACGUAUUGUGACUUGACCCGACUCCUCUCAAAACUCUGACCAAAAGUAAAUGACACAACACAGCGCAGGCGGCUAAGGACUUUAUGAGAUAAUGGAGCAACGGCAAGUUGAAAAGGAACAUAGUCAGCGAUGACACAGACAAAGAGAGGAGUCCAGUUCUCCAGCGGUAUCUUUCGUUUAAAGACUGUAUGUAUUCAAUCUCCCCCAGAGAUACAAAAAAUAAUAAUCCUUACAUGAAUGGAGUUUGGAAGUGUUUGCAGUGCCUUUAGGUCUGUUAUCACAGGAGGACAUGUUGUACAGUUCUAAAGGGAUUUGAGAAUAGGUAGCAGAGGUGACAUGUCUGAGUCUUUGACUAAAUAAUUAAUAUACAAAAUAUUUUGCCUUUUCCACCCUCCCCAACUGCUGUGGCAAUGCUUACACUGUGUGACUUUUCAUUUAAAGUAAUUGAUUUACAUUGAAAACAAGAUAGUUUUUACUGCUAAAUCAAUGGAUUAUCUAUAGGCAUUGAAGACUUCCCAAACUCUGGGAGCAUGUAGGUAUUCUCCUUUCCCUUUCAUAACUCUUAACAUCUUUUUUUUAUGUAUAUUGAACAUCAUAUUUUGGGGGGACAUCUAAGAAAUAAAUAUGUAACCUUGUC